AUGCAAGGCAGUGGCGGCGUCUAUCGAGAGAUGCAGCAGGAGUAUAGCGCGUACGCUGCGCAGCAGGAUAGUACGCGCGACGCUGCACCGACCGCCGAUUCGAAUGAGUCGGACCGGCAGGCCUCCGCAAACGAUGCUGUCUCCACGUGGGCGCGCGAGGUUGAGCUUGCAGUGGCCCCUGUCCACUACCUGUGCGUGAGCGACGUCACCGACGGGCACCCGGCCGACGGUGCGCGGGACGGGCGCGCCUUGAGUGCGGGCGGGCGUGAGCUCAAAGUCCUCAUUGUUGCGUCCCGCUUCGGCGGCAUGAGGCAGCGAGAGAGGCAGCAGAUUGUGAAUGCGGUGCUGUCCGAGCACAUCGCCUCGGGCGCGUUGCACUCGGUGCAGAUGCGCUGCUGGGCGCCCGAGGAGUGGGAGGAGAAGGGCUCGCCCGUCAACCUCGGCCAUCCGGUGUACAGAGUAUAA